AUGUGGGGUGUGGAGGUGCUGAUGGCCCUAGCGUGGCUGUCAGGGCUGGCAUAUGGGCAGAAUGAGACCGAGCCCAUUCUACUGGAGGGCAAGUGCCUAGUGGUGUGUGACUCCAACCCAACUUCUGACCCAACUGGAACCGCGCUGGGCAUCUCUGUGCGCUCUGGGAGUGCCAAGGUUGCAUUUUCCGCUAUUAGGAGCACCAACCAUGAGCCAUCCGAAAUGAGCAACAGAACAAUGGUCAUUUACUUCGACCAGAUCUUGGUCAAUAUUGGAGGCAAUUUCGACUCAGAGAGAAGCACUUUCAUAUCACCCAGGAAAGGAAUUUACAGCUUCAACUUCCACGUGGUGAAAGUAUAUAACCGACAGACUAUUCAGGUAAGUUUGAUUUUGAAUGGCUGGCCAGUUAUCUCUGCCUUUGCUGGUGACCAGGAUGUGACAAGGGAAGCAGCCAGUAAUGGAGUUCUUAUUCAAAUGGAGAAAGGGGACAGCGUGUACCUAAAACUGGAAAAGGGGGACCUAAUGGGCGGCUGGAAAUACUCCACGUUCUCUGGGUUCCUGCUCUUUCCACUUUAAAAUGACUCUUUAUCCAGAGAGCAGAAAGUGAUAUGAAGAUGAAGGUUUGCUAUUGACCCCACAAAUAGAUGCACUUGGCAGACCUGGACGGACAAUAAAAUAUACUAGAAGUCUCUGCAUAUCUAAUUGUAUGUGCACAUGCUAUGGAAACUUUAUUAAUGUUACAGAUAAAAGACUGGCGAGUUAAUCCGGCAUUUUAUCCAAAGGGCACCUUUGUCUACAAUUGAUCACUGCCCAUAUCCCUUAAUCAUGGAUUUUAUUGCAUACAUCAAUUUCAGUUCAUCAUUGUGCUUUACACUACAUUCCAUAGUCUAGGCAGAAAGAUAUUAUUUAACCUAUGUUUUUAAUAUUAAUUAAUAUAUAUAAAAAAUUAUUUUCAACAUUACCUUGGCACUUCAUUUUCUGGAUUUCAAAACAUCCUAAUAUUUUCUUAUAUUGUCUUGAUGGAUAUGGAAGUAUCUUUGGACACAGAGUAAGGAUAAGAGUUCUUAAAGGUUCACUGUAAAUGAGUGAUUGUGGAAUAAAAAGCUGCUAAUGUGAUGCUUGUUCUGCUCUGUGAAUUUGUAGCCCAAAUCCAUGCGAUUAUAAACAAUAACCAAUUAAAUAUUCUACUCUGUAAUAUAGGUGUGAAUGCAGGAAUGGUAACUGUGUUGUCGCUUGGAGCUCAAAAUCUUUAAUAGUAGGCUCUUAUUUUUGUUAAUUAGACAUAGAAUUUGUAAAUGA